UUUUCUAAUUUUCUUUCUAAUUUAUUUUACUUGCUCUCUUUUUAGGAAUUAGGUGUUGUGUAUGAGUCAUAGUGGUGAUCAAGAGUUCACGGAGGAAGUUGACUUAGAAAAUAAACCAGCACCUAGAAAACAAGCCAUAAGAGGUACUUGGGUACGUAUAGACCAAGGAACUCAAGAAGGUGCAAUGGCCAACCAAAGAGAAGAUGAUUUGCCCAUAUGCGAGUAUGCUGCUCACAAGAAAGUUGGUGAUUUGUCUUGCAUAAGGAGACCACCCAUUGAAGCAAACAAUUUUAAAAUUGAAGCAUCUACUACUUCUUUGCUUAAUAAUGUUCAAUUUUGUGGUUUGCCUCAUGAAGAUCCAAACAUGCAUAUUUCUAGUUUUCUUCAAUUGUGUGAUAUGUCUAAACAAAAUGGUGUUUCUGAUGAUGCUUUUCGAUUAAGACUUUUUCCUUGGUCUCUUAGAGACAAGGCAAAAGUGUGGUUAAAUUCUUUACCUGCAGGUACUAUCACUACAUGGGAUGCUAUGGAGGCAAAAUUCCUAGACAAAUUUUUUCCUCCAUCAAAGACAGCAAAAUUGAAAAGUGAUAUAAACAAUUUUUGUCAAUGGGACCAAGAGACUUUGUAUGAUGCAUGGGAGCGCUUCAAGGAACUAUUAAGAAGAUGCCCACACCAUGGUUUUCCAACAUGGAUACAGGUACAGAUUUUCUAUAAUGGUCUAGAUUAUGGUAACAAACAAUUGGUAGAUGCAGCUGCAGGAGGUUCUUUAAUGAAGAAGAGGCAAUCAGAAGCAUUUGAAUUAAUUGAAGAGAUGGCCCAUAAUAACUACCAAUAUCCAAGUGAGAGGAGACUAAAUGGAAGAAGUCAAGUAAAGGCCGUGGAAGACGUUGAUAUUAACAACUUAGGAGCUCAACUUGCAACCCAAUUCAUGAAGACCUUGAACACUCAAUUUGGUCAAAUAGGGGUGAAUUCUAUCCAAUCUACUAAUAAUUUUUUAUUUUGUGAUUUAUGUGGUGCUCAUGAUCAUAAGAGUGUGGAUUGCCAAGUUGGAAAUCCCUUUGCUUCUGAUGAUGUUAAUUUUGUAGGGAACUUCCAAAAGCAACAAAACAAUCCAUAUUCUAACACAUAUAAUCCAGGAUGGAGGAACCACCCAAAUUUUUCAUGGUCUAACAACAACCAGCAAGGGUCUAAUCAAGGACAAAGUGGAGGGUUUCAAAGACAACAAUUCCAAUCUCCAUUCUACCAAAAGCCGCAACUUGCACAUCAAAAUCAAAAUUCUUCUCAAGCUCAAACUCAAUUUUCUUCACUUGAACAAUCCUUGCAACAGUUAUCUAAUAAUACUAAUUCUUUCAUGCAGAGAACUGAGCAACAAUUGACAAACCAUAGUCAAAUGUUCAACAACCAAAUGGCUGCAAUCAAAAGCUUGGAGAACCAAAUAGGUCAAUUAGCAACUCAAUUCCAAAGAAGUCAAGGAACUUUGCCAAGCCAAACGGAGAAGAACCCAAAGGAGCAGGUUCAAGCCAUUACAUUAAGAAGUGGAAAGCAAGUAGCCGGGCCUAAAGAAAGUGACAAAGGGAUGGUAAUUCUUGAUGAUGAAGAUGAAGAGAGCCCUAUAGACUCAACAUCACACUUGGUCACACAUGACAACUCAAAAUCAAAUGUGGAGCAUAAUGAGGCUUAUAGGAGAAAAGAUGAAGGUUUAAGUGAUGCCAUGAAGUCUCCACCAACAAAGUACAUACCGCCACAUGUAAGAGAGGCCGAGAGCUCACCAACUGGAUCAAAGAAAGUUGAACCAGCACCUUACCUAACCAAAUCUAUUGACAAGCACAACGAAAAUGAGGAGAAGAAUCAAGCCUACAAGAAAACCCCACCUCCACCUUUCCCAUCUAGGUUUAAGAAUGCAAAGUUAGAUAAUCAAUUUAAAAAGUUUCUUGAUGUAUUCAAGCAAUUGCAUGUAAAUAUCCCUUUCAUAGAUGCCUUAGAACAAAUGCCUUCCUAUGUUAAGUUUUUGAAGGAGAUAUUGUCAAACAAGAGGAGGUGGGAGAAUUAUGAGUUAGUAGCUUUGAGUGAGGAGAGUAGUGCUAGGUUACACCAUAGGAUUCCACCCAAGUUAAAAGAUCCAGGAAGCUUUGAUAUCCCGUGUAACAUUGGACAUUAUAAUUUUAUGGCUCUUUGUGAUUUAGGUGCUAGCAUUAAUUUGAUGCCAUAUAGCAUUUACAGGAAGCUUGGAGUGGGAGAUGUGAAGCCUACCACAGUGACUCUUCAAAUGGCAGAUCGAAGCAUAAAAAGGCCAAGGGGAAUAUUGGAGGAUGUACUUGUAAAAGUAAACAAGUUCAUAUUCCCUGCAGACUUUGUGAUACUUGAUAUGGAGGAAGAUGACAACAUUCCAAUCAUUCUUGGAAGACCAUUUCUUGCAACCGGACGUGCCCUAAUUGAUGUACAACAAAGGCAAGUAACCCUUAGAGUACUCAAUGAGGAGGUAAGUUUUCAAAUCCCUAAUGUUGUUAAAUUUCCUAAUCUUGAUGAAAUUUCUUGCUGCUUUCUUGUUGAUGCAUGUGAUGAAUUGGUAAAUGAUAUGGCAAAGGAAAGUAAUUUAGAUCCCUUAGGAUUGAGUGAGUUAUUUGGACCAUGUACAGAAGAAGAAAAACAAGAGUGUAACAUCAUAGAUAUAACCACCCACUGUGAGGUAGAUUAUGUUGGAAAGUUUGAGGAUUUAGGUGAGAGUGGACCUAGAAAGAUACCGAGUGUGGAGCACCCACCUAUAAUUGAUUUGAAGCCACUACCUAGUCAUUUAAAAUAUGCUUUUCUAGGAUUUAAUAAUACCCUGCCGGUAAUAAUUUCAUCCGCCCUUAGUGAGGACCAAGAAGCCAAACUUUUAGAAGUUUUAAGAGAACAUAAAACUGCACUAGGUUGGACUAUAGCUGAUAUUAAGGGUAUUAGCCCCUCUAUUUGUAUGCACAAAAUACUUAUGGAGGAAGACCAUAAACCGACUGUAGAACAUCAAAGGAGGCUUAAUCCUAAUCUUAAGAAAGUGGUUCAUGGUGAGAUUUUAAAGCUUUUAGAUGCCGGGAUUAUCUAUCCUAUUUCGGAUAGUAAUUGGGUAAGUCCUAUUCAAGUAGUUCCUAAGAAAGGUGGGAUGACUGUGCAAGAGAAUGAUAAGAGUGAGCUUAUUCCUACUAGGUUAGUUACUGGGUGGAGAGUGUGUAUUGAUUAUAGGAAGCUUAAUAAGGCCACUAGAAAAGACCAUUUUCCUUUGCCAUUCAUUGAUCAAAUGUUAGAAAGGUUAGCCGGUAAGGAAUAUUAUUGUUUUCUAGAUGGUUAUAGCGGUUACAAUCAAAUAGCUAUUGCCCCUGAUGAUCAAGAAAAGACUACUUUUACUUGUCCUUAUGGAACUUUUGCCUAUAGAAGGAUGCCUUUUGGUUUAUGCAAUGCACCUGCAACCUUUCAAAGGUGUAUGAUGUCCAUCUUUUCGGAUAUGGUAGAAGAUAUCAUUGAAAUCUUUAUGGAUGAUUUUAGUGUAUUUGGUGAUUCUUUUACCUCUUGCUUGCAAAAUUUAUCUAGGGUUCUUCUAAGGUGUAAAGAAACGAAUCUUGUGCUUAAUUGGGAAAAAUGUCACUUUAUGGUUCAAGAGGGCAUAGUUUUAGGUCAUAAGAUUUCUAAAAGGGGAAUUGAGGUAGAUAAAGCUAAAAUAGAAGUUAUAGAGAAAUUGCCUCCACCGACUUCAAUAAAAGGUAUUAGGAGUUUUCUUGGGCAUGCGGGCUUUUAUAGGAGAUUUAUUAAGGAUUUUUCCAAGAUAACUAAACCUCUUUGUAACUUGUUGAAUAAAGAUGUUCCCUUUGUUUUUGAUGAUGAAUGCAUGCAUGCUUUUAAUCUUUUGAAAGAAAAAUUAAUAUGUGCUCCCAUUAUGUGUACUCCUAAUUGGAAUCUACCUUUUGAAAUUAUGUGUGAUGCUAGUGAUUAUGCUAUAGGAGCUGUUUUGGGACAAAGGAAAGAUAAAAAACUGCAUGUUAUUUAUUAUGCUUCUAGAACUUUGAAUGAUGCUCAACUUAAUUAUGCUACUACUGAGAAAGAGAUGCUUGCCAUUGUCUUUGCUUUUGAUAAGUUUAGAGCAUAUUUGUUAGGUUCUAAGACCAUUGUCUAUACCGAUCAUAGUGCAAUUAAGUACCUCAUGAGUAAGAAAGAGUCUAAACCUAGGUUAAUUAGAUGGGUUUUGUUACUUCAAGAGUUUGACUUAGAAAUUUUGGAUAAAAAAGGAGUAGAAAACCUAGUAGCUGAUCACUUGUCUAGGUUGGAAUUGAGUGAGGAAAAAGAAGAAAGAGAUAUAGAAGAGUGUUUUCCAGAUGAGAAAGUGUUUAAGGUUGAUGGUAUGUUUGAUGUACCUUGGUAUGCUGACAUUGUUAAUUAUUUGGUUACUAAUGUUAUGCCGCCUAGUUUGGAAAAACCAUAUGAAAAGCAUAAGUUUCUUAAGGAAAGUAGGUAUUACUUUUGGGAUGACCCCUAUCUUUUUAAGAAGUGUGCCGAUGGUAUAAUUAGGAGGUGUGUUGCUAGAGAAGAGACAAUGUCCAUUAUUAAAAGUUGUCAUUCUAGUGAGUAUGGGGGGCAUUUUGGGACUAGAAAAACCAUAGCAAAAAUUUUAAAUUCUGGAUUUUAUUGGCCAUCUAUGUUUAAAGAUACUAAUAUUUAUGUGCAAGGGUGUGAUAGGUGCCAGAGAACAGGGAACAUAUCAAGGAAGAAUGAGAUGCCUUUGAAGAAUAUCCUUGAGGUAGAAUUGUUUGAUGUUUGGGGUAUUGAUUUCAUGGGUCCUUUUCCUUCUUCUUGUGGUAAUAAAUAUAUUUUAGUUGCUGUGGAUUAUGUUUCUAAAUGGGUUGAAGCUAGUGCACUACCUACUAAUGAUGCACGAGUUGUAUUGAAAUUUUUAAAAAAAUACAUUUUUACUAGAUUUGGUACACCCCGAGCAAUCAUUAGUGAUGGUGGCACUCAUUUUUGUAACAAACAAUUUGAAUCCCUUCUUGCUAAAUAUGGUGUUAGGCAUAAAAUUGCUACCCCUUACCACCCACAAACUAGUGGGCAAGUAGAAAUUUCAAACAGGGAAAUAAAGAGGAUUUUGGAGAAGACGGUCAAUGCUUCAAGAAAGGAUUGGAGCUUAAAGCUAGAUGAUGCACUUUGGGCAUAUCGGACCGCCUACAAGACCCCCAUUGGUACUUCUCCGUAUAAACUGGUUUUUGGUAAGGAAUGUCAUCUUCCCGUGGAAUUGGAGCAUAAAGCAUAUUGGGCAACCAAGUUUCUCAAUUUUGAUCAAGAGGCUGUGGGCAAGAAUAGGCUAUUGCAAUUGGAUGAACUUGAAGAAUUUAGGAUGGAUGCUUUCGAGAAUGCAAAGAUUUACAAAGAAAAGACAAAGAGAUGGCACGACAAGAUGAUUAAAAAGAGGAACUUUCAUGUUGGACAAAAGGUACUUCUUUAUAACUCUAGACUUAAAUUGUUUCCAGGUAAAUUAAGAUCAAGAUGGAGUGGACCAUAUGAUAUUGUACAAAUUUUUCCAAGUGGAGCAAUUGAAAUCACCAAACCGGGACAUGAAAGUUUUAAGGUGAAUGGGCAGCGGUUGAAGCCAUAUUAUGAAGGUGGAGUGCUUGAGACUAGCCUCUACUUGGAUGAUCUUAAUUAAGUUAAAGGGAGGAGUCAAGCUAAUGACUUUAAACAAGCGCUCUUGGGAGGCAACCCAAAUUUCUUUCUUUACCUUAUAUUUAUCUAUUUGUUUUAGUUGUUUUUAGUGGUUUUCUUGUUUUUAGGUUGUUUUGAUGUGUUUUGUUUGAGUUUUUGCAAGGUUUUAAGAUGUUUAGGUAUAAAAGAGCAAAAGACGAAUGUUGAGAAUUUCAAGUCUAAAGUUAGGUUUUUGGAGUAUAACCA